CAAGGCAAUGGAGCAGGACAAAUCCAUUCCMGAGGUGUCCAACACUCCGCCCAUGCCCAGGAACCUCCGGCCCCCCGCUCGCCCUCUGGCCUCUCGCUUCAUACCCGUGGUUGUCCACCCCRGGGGCCGUCCCCUCAGCUCUUUUGAGUUUGUUUUCUACCGGCCCGAGUUCCCCAACACUCUGGCCCCCUUCACCACCCUGCAGAAGCCGUCCUGCGGGUUCCAGUUCCAGGAGAGCACCCAGCACCGCCGCCAGCGCAUGGACGUGGACAGUGCCAACGUGGCCAAGUGGAGRUCUCUGUACCGCAGGAAACCGUGAGCAGAGCAGCCCAGGCCGGGCAAUAAAACCCUGAGAGCAGCAGUUGGUGUCCCUUCAGUGUCCCAGCAGCGCUGAGCACGUGGGCUGGAUGGGGAGGCUGUGCCACUGCUCCCCACACAAAUAUGCACAGAGGAUUUUGCUCCAAAAACCCGGCUCAGCUUGUCCUGCCAUUCAGGAGUGUCACAGCACAGGGCACUGAGUGAGUGGCACCCAGCCCAGCCCAUCUAGGCUCAGCUCAGGCUGGGCUGGAGCUCAGGGCAUCGCUGGAGGUUCACCUUGCUCAACAGGGAGCCGGUGGUGAGCACAGAAUUAGCACAUCCAAUUAGUGUUCCUCAGCUUAAUGCCUUUUUCAUAAGUGUCCUACGAUUGUGUAAUGAUGCUUUUUUUAGCAGAGUUAUUCCUAAUUUACCUCRGUGCAGGAGCAAUUCUGGGCUCUUUCCCUUGUUAGAUAACUGCRGGUGUCAGACACAAACUGUGGGUUAUGGAUAAACUCUCUCUGGAGAGAGAGCAGUCACACCCAUCCCUUUCCAGCUGAAGAUCUGCCCAUGAUGCUUUCGGGGGUAUUUGAUCCCUGAGUCCUCCUCAGAAUGCUGUGUGAGAGCAACAUUGGGUUUGGUUGUAUUUAAUUGGGAAUUUUUCCAUGGUAAUCCAUAGCAAGUGAAAAUUGAAGCUGCAUUUAACGGCGCCGGUGUGAGCUGAGUUUGUGAGGCAGCAGCCAGGACACACUCCUGGGAUGAGCAGAGUGUGGGACAAUCCUGGGGAGAAAAUGCUCAAUUAGAAAAUGCUCAAUUAGAAAAUGCUCAAUUAGAAAAUGCUCAGCCAGACUGAACACGGGACCCCUGGGCUGGGGGGAGAGGCCCCUUCCCCUCCUCCGUCUGUAAUUAAAGCCCUUAAACCUUCGCCAUUCAGAUCAAUUACGUUGCUAUAU